CACAACGUGCAACCGCGCGCCCAGUGUCAGACAGUGUUGUAGUCAGUGUUCGAGUUGCUGGCUUACCGUUGGGAUCUCUGUAUGUUGUCCCGCACUGACUGCCGGCAUUGUUUGUUUCGUGGUUUUGAACUGUAUAUCCGCUGUGCUUUGGCUUCUUGGCUCACAUAUCUCUCUCUAUCGGAGGGGGCGACGAUGAACCCUGACUUGUGAAAUAAAUAAGAAGACCAAAUGGCCAAACAACCAUCAGUUUUGAGCCCUGGCAGUGACAGCGGAGAAGGCGGCCAAUUACAAUCAACCAGUAGACCCACUCCGUAUCGUCCACUUAGAUCAGGGGCCCCCACAUCUCUUAACAGCCCUUUCCAAGGUAUUCAUACAGAUGAGGGUGGAAGCUCCUCCGCCAGCACACCUUGGGGUACUGCUAUAUCUCCUUAUAGCCCCAGUUCCUUUGCCAACAGAUCCCCACACUGUAUGUUGGUAAGAAGAUCGUCCCUUGUAUCUAAAACCUCAAGUGGCUAUUUCUCAUUUGAAGUGAGUCCUGCUCCUGUGGGUUGUGAUAAAGCCACUCAGACGCCAAGUCCUCAUUGCCAGGCUUUCAACCACUAUUUAUCUGCAAUGGCUGCCCGGCUUCCCAUUGAGCCACAUAACAUGAGUCCAGAAAUCUGGAUCGCACAUGAGCUUCGUCGGUUUGGAGAUGAGUUUGAUGCGUUGUACAAUCCAAGAAGGGGCUUCCUUAAUCAUGGACGUCAAGGACCGGACCACGACCAAGUUGUAAUCCUACGGGUGCUGCGCUACAUCAUAAGAUUUAUUUGGAGGAUGCAGUGACUGGCCUUAGUGGAUUGAUGAAGGAGAACUUUCUUUUGUAACAUUUUCUUUUUCCUUUGCUUGUUUCUUAUUGGAGGCACAAAGCAUUAUCAAAGAUUGAAUAACUAUGCAACUCCCAGUGGAAAGAGAAACUUUUACAUUGUAUCAGUAUCUAGAUACUUUGAUUAACUUAAUAGUUAAUCAUUCAUGGAUCUAUUUUGUUGAUGCUAUUUUAUAGAAUAGACAGAUGUAUAUUUUAUGUAUAUAAGAAAAUGUCUUGGAAUUUUUUAUGCAUCCAUCUCUGACCUGUGGACAUCAUUCAAUGGUGAGCCUUUAGAACCACAGCAAAUGUGAGACGGUGAGGCUAUGGCACAAGCGGAUGUUUUUUGAAGACCUAACCUGGGUGCCAAUUUUGUUUCUGCACAAACCAAUUUUAUACCAGAUUGUUCUUGGGUUUUAACAGAACAUUGCUCCAAUAUGUUUACCUUUUGCUCAUAGGUACCAUGCUAAAAGCAGUGGGGCUGGCUCGUACGGGCAGUAAAGGGACCAUAGGUUUGCCGGUGGGACCAACUGUUUUCAUAUGCAUUAAACCAGUGCUAUUUAGGUGCUGAUUCUUCAUCUGGUGGUAUUGUGUGGUGUAGCUGGUAAUGUCAGUGGCCACCAUGUUGUACCGCAGUAGAAUAACAUUACUUUAUCUGCCCUCUGCCAAUUUGCAUCCGUUCCCAUUUGGUAGAGCAGUGAUCCACCUACGCAGGUCAUAUUUCACAUCCAUCGCUCCUUGCCUCCUCCCACUGCGGUGGAGAUCUAGAUCUUAACAUAUUAAGCCCUUCUAUGCAAACAUGCACUUUUUCCAGGAUUCAUGGGACUCUUUUGUUUGUUCGCUUUUCCUUUGACUCCACUCAGCAGUAUUGUCCUUUUCUCUUCUAUAUGUGGACAGAUACUGUCCGGAAACUCUGCAGGGAUGUAUUGUUCUUUGUCUCUGUUUUAAAAACUACUAGUCUUUGUGUAUUCCAAAAUGAACUAACCUGUGCCAUU